AUGGAUAUGUCAAAGAGAUAUUUAGAGGAAGGUGUGGCCCUUGGUGCAGGUCUGGUCCUUGCUGCAGGUCUGGUCCUUGGUGCAGGUCUGGUCCUUGGUGCAGGUGUGGCCCUUGGUGCAGGUCUGGUCCUUGCUGCAGGUCUGGUCCUUGGUGCAGGUGUGGCCCUUGGUGCAGGUCUGGUCCUUGCUGCAGGUCUGGUCCUUGCUGCAGGUCUGGUCCUUGGUGCAGUUGUGGCCCUUAGUGCAGGUGUUGCCCUUGGUACAGGUGUGGCCCUUGGUGCAGGUCUGGUCCUUGCUGCAGGUCUGGUCCUUGGUGCAGGUCUGGCCCUUGGUGCAGGUGUAGCCCUUGGUGAAGGUGUGGCCCUUGGUGCAGGUGUGGCCCUUGGUGCAGGUGUGGCCCUUGGUGCAGGUCUGGCCCUUGGUGCAGAUGUGGCUCUUGGUGCAGGUGUGGGCCUUGGUGCAGGUGUGGCCCUUGGUGAAGGUCUGGCCCUUGGUGCAGGUGUGGUCCUUGGUGCAGGUCUGGCCCUUGGUGCAGGUGUGGUCCUUGGUGCAGGUCUGGCCCUUGGUGCGGGUCUGGCCCUUGGUGCAGGUGUGGCCCUUGGUGCAGGUGUGGCCCUUGGUGCAGAUGUGGCCCUUGGUGCAGGUGUGGCCCUUGAUGCAUGUGUGGCCCUUGGUGCAGGUCUGGCCCAUGGUGCAGGUGUGGCCCUUGGUGCAAGUGUGGCCCUUGGUGCCGGUCUGGCCCUUGGUGCAGAUGUGGCCCUUGGUGCAGGUGUGGGCCUUGGUGCAGGUGUGGCCCUUGGUGAAGGUCUGGCCCUUAGUGCAGGUGUGGCCCUUGGUGAAGGUCUGGCCCUUAGUGCAGGUGUGGCCCUUGGUGCAGGUCUGGUCCUUGGUGCAGGUGUGGCCCUUGGUGCGGAUCUGGCUCUUGGUGCAGGUGUGGCCCUUGGUGCAGGUCUGGUCUUUGGUGCAGGUGUGGUCCUUGCUGCAGGUGUGGCCCUUGGCCUUGUUUUGUGUCUUUAA